GAACCAUUAGAAUGUGACCGUAUAUUGAAAUAAUUAUGCGUCAUAUUCCAGGUACUUACAUUGUGUCUCUUGAGAAAAUAACAAAGUAAGACAUAACAAAUCGACCAAGUAGCUAAUCGAUCGCCAGCAGCACACGCCGCGGUGGAUGCGUGUUUAGUACGAAUAAAGCGGCGAUGUUCGUUUUAACUUUGAGAUAACCAUCACUAAUACCAAUAUGACUGACUACGGCGAGGAACAAAGAAACGAACUCGAAGCUAUAGAGUCUAUAUACCCAGACUCUUUUACUGUGCUGUCAGAAGACCCAAUUAGUUUUACUAUCACAGUGACGUCAGAUGCAGGGGAGAAUGGUGAAACGGUGGAAACAACGCUGAAGUUUACUUAUGUAGAGAAAUAUCCAGAUGAACCCCCGCUGUGGGAAAUUCACUCACAGGAAAACCUAGAAAACAAUGAUGUGGACAUCAUCCUUUCUUUACUACAGCAGCAGGCCGAGGAAAACCUGGGCAUGGUGAUGAUCUUCACACUUGUGACGGCAGUUCAAGAGAAGCUUAAUGAAAUUGUGGACCUGAUGAAGAACAGACGAGAAGAGGAGAAACAGCGAAAGGAGAAGGAAGCAGAAGAGGCAGAGAAGGUGGCUUUCCAAGGAACUGUGGUCACCAUUGAGAACUUCCUUGCAUGGAAAGCCAAGUUUGAGCUGGAGAUGAACGAGUUGAGACGGAAAAGGCAGAAAGAAGAGGAGCAAACAGGCAAAGCCAAGCUUACUGGCAAGCAGCUUUUUGAGACUGACCACAACUUGGACACAUCAGACAUUCAGUUCCUGGAAGACGCUGGAAACAACGUGGAAGUGGAUGAGUCAUUGUUCCAGGAUAUCGACGACUUGGACCUGGAUGAAGAUGACCCUGACUAUGACCCCCUUGAGAUGGGCAGUGAUGAGGACUGACCACCUUAUCACCAGAGGUGAUGAAGCAGACAAGCUUUUCAAAGACUAACUCGUAAUGGAUGAUGAUCAACUGACCAUAGCUUUGUCAAAAAACCCUGCCACGCCAGUGCAGCAAAUGUCCACAAGAUGGCAGCAACUUUGAACUCUUGCUCCAAAAUCUAAUUUUCUUCUUGAGAAGGGAUACUGGUGUUGAACAGGCUGUUCGCUGCUUUGUUAUUGUCGAAGAAACUACAAUAAAGGUGGUGAUUAUGGAUGAC